AUGUCCUUAAUACAAGGGAAUAGUAAUUUUAAUGAGAGAUAUGAAUACUCGGCAAUUCUUCGUUAUUUCUUGACACUGCAGCAGCAGCAGCAGCAGCAGCAGCAGCAGCAGCAUCAUCAUCAUCAGCAGCAGCAGCAGCAGCAACAGCAACAGCUAAUGCAACAUGGAGAGGGAGACACUCAUGGGGACGAAGGGACAGGAGGAGCAUAUCUUAUGCGGGCAUAUAGUUGUGUCUCCUCUGCCUGUUCUGCUCUUGGCCUCUUUGAUUCUAUUGGACACCAUCAGCAGCAGCAGCAGCAGCAGCAGCAGCAGCAACAGCAGCAGCAGCAACAGCAGCCAUCUGCUGCUCACUCAUGGUUGAAUUCUGAGGAUGGAGGAGGUGAUGGAGACACACACAACCAUCAACAGCAGCAGCAACAGCAGCAGCAACAGCAGCAGAAAAAGAAGAAGACUGGUGUCUCCUUUAAUUUGCUGCUGCAGCUACGGUGUUGGACUAUAUUUGUCCCCUUGCUGCCCUAUGGAGACACUUCCUUGCUGAUUAAUCUGCAGCAGCUAGGCAGCAAUAUAGGAGACACUUUUGCAUGCGCUAUGUGGCCAUUAAGGGAGGCAGUCGUGCUGCUUACCCGUAUCUUUUCUGUACAACAAUCUAAUGCAGCAACAGAUGCAGCAGCAGCAGCAGCAGCAGCAGCAGCAGCAGCAGCAGCAGCAGAUGACUGGGAUAUAGAACCCAACUUUAAGCCCUUUGUCUUUAUUACUUCUCCUCAGCAGCUGGAGGAGAUAUUCUCUGGUGUAUGUACAGCAGAGUGUCCAGAUACCAGCGAUGCAGCAGCAGCAGCAGGAGCAGCAGCAGCAGCAAAUUGUGUCCCUUGUCUUAAUUACGUAGGUGUCUCCUUAGGUUAUCUAUUAACAGCAGCAGCAGGUCUCCGUCUUGCUGCCUCUGAUCUAGAGGACACCAUGACUCUCCAAUUUGUCUCCUUUUUUGCUGUUGUUGCUGCUGCACUAAAUGUAUGUGGUGCUGCUGUCUUCCGUAUAGCCCGUGCAGGAUGGAGCUGGGAUCCAUCUGCUGCUGCUGCUUCAGCAGCAGCAGCAGCAGCAGCAGCAGCAGGUGGUAGUGGUGGUGCUGCUAAUGAGGCCCUCCCUGUUCCCUCUUUCACAGCGCUAACAGGUUCUCCUGGUGCAGCAGCAGCAGCAGCUGCUGCUGCUGCUGCAGCAGCAACCUCAACACCUGCAACAUCAGAAUCAACAGCAGCAGCAGCAGCAUCUGCUGCUGCAUCUGCUGCUGCUGGUGGAGGGAAAGGUGGCGUGCUGCUGCCCUUGCUGCACUGGAUAUUUGGAGGAUUUGCUGCUCGUACUGCUAUACCUUGUAUGAUUGAUGCCUUUGGAUUUUCUUCUUCUCUUCCUUCUUGGGCUAAUGAAGUUAAAGAUGAUGUACCUAUAUGCCGUACAGUAUGGCUAAGUAGUAUAUUUUCUGCUUCUUUGUUUCUUUUAUUUGGUUGUCUCUGCGCGGUCGCCUUUGUAGGAGCAGCAGAGUCAUCUAAUGCCCUUGCCUCCCUUAUGCAUAGUGCAGCAGGAGGGGGACUCCCUCCUUAUGCUGCUCUCUUUAUUUGUUUAUUUCAUGUUGCUGCUCUCUUGCCUAACAUUGUAUUAGGACAGAUCAGCUCCAGGUACGAUUUAUUAAAUAUGGCUAUAUGCCUAACGAAGAAGUCUGCCUUCCAUGCGGCCUCAACGAUCCCAUGGCUACUGUAUUGGCUGUUAGCAUUUCAGCCUGUCUUUGGACAAUUAGCGUCCUUAUCUGCAUUGACCACUGGUCUAUUCUUGAAUUUCUUCUUACCUGCUGUUGUAUUUAUUUAUGCAUCUUUUUCUUCGGAGACUAAUCAUAAAAAUACUCAUCAUCGUAUAGAUUCUUCAACAGCAGCAGCAGCAAUAGGAGGAGGACCUGCUGCUGCUGGAUCCCUUAUGGCAGCAGGUGGUGGUGGUGGUGGUGGCAGCAGCUUCGUGGAUGAGCAACACCACCUUUCUGAGGGGGGACCUCCUAAGGAUUUCCCUUCUGGGGGGCCCCUUAUGCAUCAAGAUUCUAUGCAUAUUCGUGAGGGGGGCCCCUUCAGACAUGGUGCUGUAUCCGGUGCUGUUGCAGGAGCAGGAGGGGCAAGGACUAGGGAGAUGCAGCGGCAGCUACACCAAUGGUUAGAGGAAUUUGCUAAGAGGGCCCCUGAUAGUGACGUAGCUCAGCUGCUGCAGCGGGACUCUCUAUCCGAAACAGACUUUACAGGAGACACAGCAGCAGCAGGAGGAGCAGCAGCAGGUGCAGCAAUAACAGGAGGAGGAUCAGGAGAAACAACAGCAGCACUCCUACGUAAGGGAAGUAUGUUUGUUAGACCUACUCGUACUAUGCAUGCAGGCAGUGGUAGCUUUACUCGUGAUAGCAGCAGCAAGGAUUGGGGGGAGAGACAGGAACGUUAUGGUUUAUCAAGAGGGGCCUCUUCUCCCCUUCUUAGUGUAUACUCUACAUCAUCAAUAACAACAGCAGCAGCAGCAAAUGCUGCUGCACAUGAAUCUGCAGCAGACAAUGCAGCAGAACCUGAACACCUGACACCGCAAGCUGUUGCCUCUCUAUGGGCACGCAGCGCAUGGAACUCAAGAGAAGAGGCAACAACUGCAGCAGACACAGUAGCAGCAGACACAAUGGAUGAUAACCCCGCUGUAGCAGAAGCACGCAAUGCAACACAGAUUGGUGCUGUAGGAGGCUCCGCCUCUCCUGCCUCAAUGUGUGACUCACCCAGUGACAGUGCUGCGGGUGCAUCUCACGACAAAAAGCAGCAGCAAGAGCAGCAGGAAGAGCAGCAGCAGCAGCAAAGCCCUCCAGCGGAGGGUGCGACUGUCUUCCAACGCAGCCGCAAGAGGGGUACAGUGGUGGGGAGACCUCAACGAGGUGGUAAUGCCAGCAGGCAGCAAGGGGCAGCAGUCGCAAAUGCUGCUGCCAGCGUACUGCAGCAGCAGCUGCUGCAAGAGCAGCAGCAGGAGGCGAAAAAUGAGUCAGACGCUCCUCUUAGCGACAGCGCAGCUGGGCAGCCUUCGCCCUCCGCUGCAGAUGCGGACGCUGCAGCAGCAGCAGCAGCAGCUGCUGCUGCUGCUAAAGACGCAUCAGGGGCGCAUGCGAAGUCUGAAGAGCAGCGUGACAAGGACAAUGUUGGUGCGAGUCAGACAGAGGAAGGUACAGCAGCAGCAGCAGCAGCGGAGAUUUGCAAUUCGGAGAAAACAGAAGAGGAUGGUGUAUCUCAAAGAGUGCAAGAAGCAAAUACUGCUGCUGCUGAUGGAGACACUGUCCCUCCCCAGCAGUCCGAAACAGAGACGCACCCUAGCAGCAGCAGCAGCAGCAGUGACAAUAGCAGCGGCAGCCCCUCGGCUGUCUCCGAUGUUGCAGUGGCUGCUGCUGCCACUGCUGCUGCAGCUUCGGCUGCUGCUGCAGCAUCAGCUGCUGCUGCAGCAUCGGCUGCUGCUGCUAUAGCAGCAGCAGGAAAUCUUCGGCGGAAGGGUCGGCCUAAGGCCCUCAAGCCCUCAGGGGCUCGCCCCCCUGUCUCAUUUUCGCUGGGUGACCAGCAGCAGGAAGGAGGCGGUGAGGAGACACCAAAGGACGAGAGAGCUGCUGAUGAAGAAGACAGAGCGACAGCGGGGACUUUAGAGACAGCGGCAACUGCAGCAGAGACAGCAGAUGCAGCAGCGCUUACAGCAACGUCACCCGGAGCAGAAGGAACAGCAGCGGAAACUGUUGCUCCUUUAUCACCUGCUUCAUUUUCUAGGACACGAAAGAGAGUAAUGACCCGCCGUCCUCCCUUAGCUGCUGCGCAGCCCCUUGAGGCCCUGGGGGCCACCACUGCGGGGGGCUCUGUUGCUGUGGAAUCACAGGACAGCCAGGCACAGGACUCUGCCUCCUCUUCUUCUGUUGUUUCUGCUACUAAAACAGCCGGAUCCGGCAAUGUUGCUGCUGCUACUGAACCGGCGGCAGCAGAUGGUGCUGCUGUUCCAACUCCGCCAGCAGCGACACGUGGUGGAGCUGCUGCAGCGCGUCCAGCAGCAGCAGCAGCAAGAGUUGUUGCAGGUGUGAAGGAUGUGUGUUCAUCUUGGGCCUCCUCAGGCAUGCGUCUGGUGGCGCUAAGUGCCCUGAGGUUGCGAGGAGGGGGUGCCCUCCGUGCUCGUAAGAAUGAGGCUGCUGGGGGGCCCUCUCAACCUCGCGUGAGGGUCUUCCCAGGACUCAACUCCCCUAAAGCAGAGAGACUAGCAGCAUUUGUGCUACUGCUCUUUACCGCCCUCUGCGCCAUUAUUGCUGUUGCAGGGGACCUGCUAGGUGCGGCCUUCCUUGUGGUGGCCGUGCUGCAGCAGACGUGGGCCCUGGCAUGGGCCUCGAGCACACACUUGAUUGAUUGGCUAGCUGAGCACUUCAGCUAG